AUGCAAUUCUCCGUUUCACUCUUUUUCGCCGCCUUGGCAUUCACCUCUUCGGUAUCCGCCGAAAACUAUGGCUGGUGCGACGCCCCCGAAAACAACGCGAUGAAAACCCCCAUGUGCUACAUCAAUUACGUGGGAUACGGAUGCGCUGUAGGAUCCUGCGAGAAUAACAUCGGCAAGCGUUGCAGCGGAGGCGACGGCUACUACAAGUGCCCGGAGUAG